AUGUCAAGAAGGCCUGCUGCCGACGAGCGUGAUGUAUUGGCCAAGCACAGCGCAGCGUAGCUGACACUUUACUGUGUAGGCCGGAGGUUCAGCCCUUUAGUAUGUCGAUCUUUACAAUUCAAUAUCGAAUGAGGUAUAAGAAACCGACUCCCAACGCUGGGGUCCCCUUAACCGGCAGCAACCCAAUUAAUGAAUCCGUCCUUACGUAUUUUGCUUUUUCUUGGCUACGAGUUGUUGGCGGCGGCUGCUUUACUAUGUAGUAAACAAAACAUAAGCCGGCGUUGUGAUGCCGGAUAUGUGUCGUACCCGCCGAUCCUACCCUGCACCCGCGGGUACUACUUAGCACACCAUGGUCCACUUCGAAAGGGACGUUUGCCUGAGUCAAUAGCGCAUCGCACGCCAAACUUACAAAGACGAAUACUACCUCGGAAAGACGGCGGUGACAAAGUCAGGCAACCUGGUGGUAUACGCCGGUGUUUUAAAUUACGACGCGUCUUUGGUGUAACUGCCGUCCUCCACGGCGCCCCUGACUCUCCGUAGGCCUUCGGGACUGUGCCUAUAUCGGAACGCGCAGGUUAGAUUUCGUCGGGUCCUGGGCUCUUAUUAAAUGUACAUGCUUCCUGCCAUCAACAGCAUGCAGUCUCUUUG